AAGUAUUAUAUGUAGAAGUAAAGUUUAUAUAGUAUAAAUAUAUAAUUAUAUACAUUUUUAUAUAAAUAAAAAACCCGGUUCGACCGGUUGAACCGGUCUAACCAGUCAACCAGUAACUUCACCGAGUCGUUGUCCGGUCCGGUUUUCAAAACAUUGCUUAAAUGAUAACACAUCUGCAAGUCAAUAACAAGUUAGUUGUGUCAACGGUCACGUGCUUACCUUCUGAAAAGCCUUUUGAUCAAUGGUUGUACCAAAUGAGCAGAAGACUAUAUAGCUUUGCAACUUUUUCUUUUACUUCCUAUAUAAAAGUCUCAAGACGUUAACCUCGUAACAAAAAAAUAUAAAUUUCUGUCUUAACUCUUAAGAAUCUUAUAUCAGAUGACAACCACUGAUAGGACCGCUGUAACCACAGGAACUAAGAAGGCUUGUGUCAUCGGUGGAACGGGAAACUUAGCCUCUAUUCUGAUCAAGCAUUUGAUUCAAAGCGGCUACGAAAUUAACACCACAGUUAGAGAUCCAGAUAGUGAGAAGAAAAUGGCUCACUUUAAGGUACUUCAAGAGCUCGGGGACCUCAAGAUCUUCAAGGCGGAUUUAACAGAUGAAGGGAGUUUCGAUUCACCAAUCUCGAGCUGUGAAUAUGUUUUCCAUGUCGCAACACCAAUCAGCUUUACAUAUCAAGAUCCCAAAAAAGACAUGAUCAAUCCAGCGGUACAAGGAGUGAUUAAUGUGUUGAGAUCUUGCUUAAAAUCGAACUCAAUCAAGUGCGUGAUCUACACUUCUUCAGCUGCUGCGGUUUCUAUCAACAAUCUUUCGGAACCUGGACUUGUGAUGACGGAAGAAAACUGGUCUGAUGUUGAUUUUCUCACAAAGGAGAAGCCGUUUAAUUGGGGUUACCCUAUCUCAAAGGUGUUAGCAGAGAAGGCAGCUUAUAAAUUUGCGGAAGAGAAUAAGAUUGAUCUCGUUACUGUGGUUCCGGCACUCAUAGCCGGAAACUCUCUCCUCUCCGAUCCUCCGUGCAGUUUAUCUCUUUCGAUGUCUUUAAUCACCGGGAAAGAAAUACAUCUGAGCGGUCUCAAGGAAAUGCAGAAGCUAUCUGGUUCCAUCUUGUUCAUCCACGUGGACGACCUAGCUCGUGCACAUAUGUUUCUUGCGGAGAAAGAAACAGCUUCUGGUCGCUACAUUUGCUGUUACUACAACACAAAUGUUCCAGAGAUUGCGGAUUUUCUCAGAAGAAGAUAUCCUAAGUACAAUGUUUUGUCAGAAUUUUGAAGAGUGCUUAUCAAGUGCGAAAUUGACGCUAUCCUCGGAGAAACUCGUCAAGGAAUGCUUUCGAUUUAAAUAUGGGAUCAGUGAGAUGUAUGAUGAGAUGGUAGAGUACUUCGAGUUAAAAGGAUUGAUCAAACCUAAAUAAUCUUGAUUUUCCUAUGAUGGAAAAUUUGACUUUUACGAAUAUGAACAUCUGAUCUCAUUAUGUUUCGUAUAA